AUGGCACCAUCAGGAAAAGGCUAUCCACCACCUGUCCCACGAGUUUUACGUAGUAAAUCUGGUGAAAGUUUACUUCCAUCUCAAGAAUCUCAAUCACAGCCAUCACACCCACCAAAUCAAGCUUCAAAUACGUCGUCAGCAUCCUCGAGAAACCCCUCCCCCACCUUCCCCAAUCUCAUUCCCAGAUCCACACCAGAUCUAGAUCCAAAACUAGUAUCUGGAGCUGCAUCUCAACUUCAACCUCAUCAAGAUAUAUCUAGAGCCAGAUCUAGAGUUCAAUCCCGAAGCAGCUCCCGAGCCCGAACCGGAAGCUCACGACCUCCACCCCAAAACACCUCGGUUCCAAGACCUCGAGACCUCUUACCAAGACCUGAACCUGGAGCCAUUCCACAUGUUGUGCCUAGGCCUAGGCGUACUCCGAUGGGUAGAGAUUUGAUUUUGGGUCCAGGCCAAGGUCAAUUUCAGAUUCAACUUCAAGCUCAACCACCACCACAAAUAGACCCACAGACUCAGGAACGUAAUCAAGACUUCUAUACCAACUAUCCCUAUCCUUUUCCUACAGAGGAUAAUCCUUUUUCUCAGUCCCAGAUGACCAAUGUACUCGGUGAUCGGCGUCUCCAUCAAGAUCCCCACCGAGAUCUACAUCAACCUCAACCACCACCACGCAUCGACUCGCAGACUCAAGAUCGUAAUCAGGACUUCUAUACCAACUAUCCCUAUCCUUUUCCCACAGAGGAUUCUCCUUUCUCACAGUCCCAAACAAUAACUGCGCCCGGAAAUCAAAAAUUCCACUCGGAAUCUCGAACUCAAAAUCAAGAGAUUUACACCAACUUUCCGUCUCCGUUUCCUGAUUCUCAUUCUCCUUUGUCUCAAUCUCAGACAACCACUGUACCCGGAUAUCAAGAUACCCUUCGAGAUUUAGUUCAAACUCCCGCCCCAGCUCAAGCUCAAAAUGAAACACAAAAUCGAACCUCAAUUCGAGCUAACAAACGUCCUCGACUUUCCUAUUCUGAUUCCUAUCCAAACAGUAGAAGAGAUGAGGACAGUAACGGAGAUGGAGAUAGAGAUGAAAACAGAAACAGAAAUGGAAAUGAAACCUCCAGUGAAAUCGGAAUUGACAAUGAAGCUCAAACCACAACCCAAAAUGAGCGAUACAAUCCCAACGAUACACCCUUAGAAUCACCCCUCAGCACACCACCAGAUUCCGUUUCCACAUCACCGCCUCUCCUAUCUCUUCGUAAUCUCCCACGUAGGGGUACUUUUACACAUAGUCAGAGAUUCAAUCCAUCUCCUACCGAUAGAACCAGAACCCGUGCUGCAUAUCAAUAUCAAAAUGAAAAUAAAAAUGUAACAGCAAGUAGACCCAGAACAACAAAUCCUCCCUCAUCUUCCAAUCCCUCUAACCUCUACACAGAACCCCCCAUUCUUCCCGGCACCCUAGAUAUUGCAUAUCGACCUACUGUCGCGCAGAAAAAAUGGAUGUAUGCUGUGCGAGAGGAGGGGAAGAGGAGUGAUAGUAAUGAGAAUGGAGGGUUUAGUAGGGGGAUUGAGGGACAGAUGGUUCGGUUGUUUGGGGGUGAGGGGGAGGGGGGUGUGUAG